ACCCGCGCCUACCACCACACCACCCACAUUGAAUUUCAAAAAAAUUCCAAUUCUUUCUCUUUUCCAAAUACACAGAUCACCAUCGGAUCGCUCACAACGGACAUUUCGCUCUCACUUUAGUCGCGCCAGUCUUCGGCGAAAAGGCGUCUUGCCUUGGACAUUGGUUUACACCGUCAACUCACAACCCGACCGUUGAUCGACAAUUCCACGGCCGCCCAGCGCCGCCCAAUAACCACCAACCAUGUCGUCCGCCAACAGAAAGGAGCCUCGGGUCACCUUCCAGACCCCGACCUCAAAGGGCCACCACCACCGCCAAUCGAGCGACUCUGGCAUUUCCGAAGUCAGCACAAGCCCUACCGCCCAGGACUUUUUCGACCUCGAGGAGAAGUACAAGAAGCUGCAGGACGACUAUGCCCUACUCAAGAGCGAAUACAAAGCCCGCUCCGCUGCUCUGGAGAACAGACUUGAAGUUCUCAAGAUCGAGAAUGGUAGCUUGGACCGUGAAAAGGAAAACUUGCGCACUGAAAACAAAAUCCUACGGGAGGAUCUCCGCAAGGCCCAACGCAACAGCCCCCCUCGAGAGUCGACAAAGAUGUCUGGCGCACUUCCUAGCCACCCGCCCUCUCCAAAGGAACACAAGGAGAGAGAGCACAGGGAGCCCAGAGAACACAAGGAACCCAAGGAGUCCAAGGCCUUGCGUCGCAGCGACUCUAAGCACCGCACCCGCGGAGAGAGCAAGGUUCGCAAGACCACCGAGGACAAGGAGCUCGCGAAGCGCUGCAAGGAAGACAAGGAGCGCCUCGGCCGUCGCUUCGACCACAAGGACGACAAGAGCGUCUCCAGCGGAAGUUCGAGGGCUAGCAAGAGCAGCUACAUUGAGCCCAUGGGCCCCAGCGCUCCUCGGCCCGUUUCCGUCGUGGAGCCGUCCCGUCCCCGUACCAAACGCUCCGAGUCCACGUCGUACUCGGUCAGACCUUCCGUCAUCACGACCACAACUGUCACUGAUCCCUCUGUAUACGACCCGCGCUCUCCAGGCUACGCGGACCACGAGAGUCCUUUCGGCUAUGACGCUGGUGCAUAUGGUCAUGGUCAUGCACAAUACGUUGAGGAUGGCUAUUACGCACAACCUCCAGAGCCCUCCCGCGGGAGGUCGCGUCGGUAAAGCAUCCGACACAAGCAAGCAAGAAGCAAAAAAAAAGAAUUGGCCAAGCCCUGUGUGACACACCACCAACAGGCAAGGGUGAUUUUUUUUUCUUCUUCUCCUUCGCUGCGGGAAAAUACGUUUACGAUAGUCUGCAUUCAGCCACAGGAAAUUCUUCAUCCCCUGGCAAACGCAGCCUCCAACCGAUAAGGCGGUGCGGGGAGGGAGGCUUGAAAAGCGUUCUUUUUCUGCGCCCUUUCUCCAAGACGGGAUGGGCGCUUUGAGGCGACAGGUGGACCCCCGCACCGAGUCCGGGCGCAAAAAUCUCACUUGAUAGUAAGGGGAUGAGACGCCCGAUUGACGCAAUGAGUCGGUUGACUCAUCGCUCG